GGGUGGGUUGGCGAGCGGGGCGCUUUAUCUUUCUCUGCGGCCGGCGGCCUUGCGGGCCCUGGCAACGGGACAACUUCCCGAGGCCGACCUGUCUGCUGCUCACGCUGUGACGGGUUUCCGACUCACCUCUCUCCGCGGAGGCCCCCGCAGCCCGGCGGGCUCGGGCCUCAGAUUCUGUGGCAUCUCUCAGGACAGUGAGUGGUAAAGAAAGUUUAAGCGGAACCAGAAGGGCACUCGGGAAAUCAGCUGCUUGCUGUUUUAGGCGGAAAAGAUGUGUGCGAGAAAGGAUGGCACUACCGGAAGACAUCAAAAUCUGUGUGGGGCUGUGAGCACCAGAACCUUUAAUCAAGCUCACGUUUUGUCUUUUAAAUGUUAAAAUAUUUUCUCUUUGAGAGUGUGCAUUGUUGUGUACCGCCUAUCUUUGUAUCACCAGCACCUGACAUAUUUUAGAUCAUAAAUUGUUGGAAUUAAUGCCAUCCAUCACCAAGACAACUCAGUGGUGUGUAAAAAGAUGUCUCCAAGAAAGCGGCUGUCGAAGUCCACUGAAAAUCUUGAGAAAGAUAAAGACCAGAGAAACUCUUCAGAAGAGUACCUGGAGACACUUCAAAAUGGUCAAAUUGACAUAAAACUGUUGAUAGCAAAGAAGAAACAGUUGGCAGCAGAGGCAGAGCAUUUGAAGCCACUAUUUUUGAAGGAAGUUGGUAGUCACUUUGAUGAUAUUGUGACCAGCCUCAUUGAAAAAUCUGCCUCAUUAGACAACGGUGGGAGUGCUCUUACAACUUUUUCCAUUCUUGAAGAAAUGAAAACCAACCACAGAACUAAAGAUAUGAGAGCACCUCCAGAACAAGGAAAGGUUUUUAUUUCAAGACGCUCUCUCUUGGAUGAGCUGUUUGAAGUGGACCACAUCAGGACAAUAUAUCACAUGUUUAUUGCCAUUCUCAUUAUCUUCAUCCUCAGCACACUUGUAGUAGAUUACAUUGAUGAAGGAAGGCUGGUGCUUGAAUUCAAUCUCCUGUCUUAUGCUUUUGGAAAGUUAACCAUUGUUAUUUGGACAUGGUGGGCCAUGUUCUUGACUACACUUUCAUUUCCCUAUUUCCUAUUUCAAUGUUGGGCCAAUGGCUACAGGAAGAGUUCUCAUCCAGUUAUCUCUUCUGUUGUCUAUGGCUUGUUCUUCACAUUCUUCCAGCUUGGGAUUCUAGGUGUGGGACCAACAUAUAUUGUAUUGGCAUAUGCACUGCCACCAGCUUCCCGGUUCAUAAUUAUACUUGAACAGAUUCGUUUGAUAAUGAAGGCCUAUUCAUUUGUCAGAGAGAAUGUGCCAAGGGUACUACAUGCAGCUAAGGAGAAGUCAGGCACAGUUCCAAUACCCACAGUCAACCAGUACUUAUACUUCUUGUUUGCUCCUACCCUUAUCUACCGUGACAGCUAUCCCAGAACUCCCAGUAUAAGAUGGCGUUACGUCGCUAUGCAGUUUGCACAGGUUUUUGGUUGCCUUUUUUAUGUGUACUACAUCUUUGAAAGGCUUUGUGCACCAUUGUUCGGGAACAUCAAACAGGAGCCGUUUAGCGCUCGUGUUCUGGUCCUGUGUGUAUUUAACUCCAUCUUGCCAGGUGUGCUGAUCUUCCUCCUUUCUUUUUUUGCCUUUUUGCACUGCUGGCUCAAUGCCUUUGCUGAGAUGUUACGAUUUGGUGACAGGAUGUUUUAUAAGGAUUGGUGGAAUUCUACAUCAUAUGCUAAUUAUUAUAGAACGUGGAAUGUGGUGGUCCAUGACUGGCUAUACUACUAUGCUUACAAGGACUUUCUUUGGUUUUUUUCAAAGAGAUUCAAAGCUGCUGCCAUGUUAGCUGUCUUCACUUUAUCUGCUGUAGUUCAUGAAUAUGCCCUGGCUGUUUGCUUGAGCUAUUUCUAUCCAGUCCUCUUUGUGCUCUUCAUGUUCUUCGGAAUGGCUUUCAACUUCAUUGUCAAUGAUAGUUGGAAAAGGCCAGUUUGGAACAUUAUGAUGUGGGCUUCCCUUUUCUUGGGCCAGGGAGUACUUGUUUGCUUUUAUUCUCAAGAAUGGUAUGCUCGCCAACACUGUCCUCUGAAAAAUCCCACAUUUCUGGAUUAUGUCCGGCCACGUUCCUGGACUUGCCGUUAUGUGUUUUAGAAGCUUGGACUUUAUUUCCUUCUUUGUCACUGAAGAUUUGAAUGUUCUGCGUUACUUGGGGCCAGCUGUUUCCAGCUGUUACUGAAGUUGGAACCACUCCAGCCUUUACAGCACAUCGUGACUCACUCCAUUCCUAGCACACCUGAAGCUGGGCUGUUGAACGUUCACUGGGAUCUUGUAUUCUUCUUUUUUGUGCCCCCCCCGCCGCCCCUUUUUGGGAGAAGGGAGACUUGUAGCUGAGGUUAUGACAGGUUUUUGCUGGGUCAUCUCAGCUUAAGCCCUUGUGAUUUUAUCUGUUUCAUGAAUCUCUCCAGUCAGAAUCUAAACAUCUCUCUCUCUCUUUUUUUUUUUUUGCCACUGAAUUAUCCAAAAAGAGUUAUGAAAACAAGAUCAUUUAAGUACUUCUGCCUUAGAAUUUUUUUCAUGCACGUUAUUGGAAGUUAUGCUAAUUAAGCAUGCAAUUGGGAAAGAGAGAGAAAAAACUUGUAACAGUUUUUGCUAUUAGUAGUAGAAAGGGAAAAUAAUCCAUUUUCCAAAGAUAAUCUCAUUAUAUACCUUAUUUUGUUUUUUUGGGGUACUGGGGAUGGAACUCAGGACCUUGUGCUUACAAGGCAGGUGGCAGAACCACUGAGCUAAAUCUGCGGCCCUAUUUUGCAUUGCUUUUAAAGGUCAAGUCUAUUCAACUUUUUCCUUCUCUGUGCAAUUUAGCCCACAAUUUUUGUGGAGCAAUUAUCUGCCUUUCCCCUUGAAUUCUUGAGUUUGUAUCCAUAAUAAUAUAUAUUGAAGGGGGGCAGAGUAGGAAGGGAAAAAGAAGUAGCACAGAAAAAAAUUUUUUUCUCAUAACUUCCCAAAGUAGUUUGAAAAAAGACUUGCUGAGUCAGUUAUGUGUUUAAAGUAGUUCCUUGUGUAAUUUACAUGGCAGAUUUUUUAACUUUAAUAACUUAUUUGAAGUUAUUUGGAAGUAUCCUUUGGUACAGUUAUUUUAUUGUCUAAUAAAUAUUAACUUGCCUUAAAUUAUUUUGCAGAUUAGUGAGUCUGUAACAUAAGUAUUAAUCAAUUCCAUUAAUAUGCAAGUGACCAUUAAGGAUCCAGAAGCAGGCUUCUGAAGUCUUUGCUCCAUAGUUAUGGUUUUAAUGGUAGUUUAUUUUUAGAUGAAACAAAUUAAUAUGUGAUCAUUUUUAAGGAAAUAUAUUCUCUUUGUGAUAUUUCCAGGUUAUAAGAUGCCCACUCUUAAUACAAUGUGGAAGGUAGGGAUUAUUUUGUCUGACUGUAUGAGUUAUGAUUGUGUUUGUAAAGACUGCACUGGAAGGGUUGUCAGAGACCAGGUAGUUCAAUGUUCUACCCAAAGAAAUGAGAUUUAUGAAUUACUCAAAUAGGUAUUAUUGAUUGGAGCAGCUACAACUUUCUUGCAUCUUGGAAGUCUUGUCAGAAUUGUUCUAAAGACUGUUGGAGUCUCCCAAAAAGAUAAUGUAGUUUCAUAAUCGCAAUGUGGACCACAAGCGUCCAGCUAAAUCAUCCAUUUUAUUCACCACACCUUUGAUCCAGAUGUGUUGAGGCACUUUUCAAACCUCAGCAACACAUGUGUGCCCCAAGAGAGGUUAUUUUUACAAAGGUAUUCCAUGUGGUCCCAGGAAGUAAUGCUCUGCACAUUACUGUAAGUGUAAUGAAAUUGUAAUCUCCAACAGGACUGUUUCAAUAUACCUUGUAAUGUCCGAAAAUCAAAAUGAAUCAGUCAUUUGAAUCUUAACUACAUUUGAAAUAUAAUGAAGAAAUAAAUAGAUCUAAGAGUUGGUUAUGAAUUAGCUAAUCUUUUUGAAGCAAGAGAAUGGAUUUUUUUGGGGGGGGGGGUACUGGGGAUCGAACUCGGGACCUUGUGCUUUCGAGGCAGUCAGUGGAACCACUGAGCUAAAUCCCCGGCCCGAAAAUGGAAUAUUUGCGUAUACAUUUCUGGUAGUAGUAAAAUAUGUACUCUCAUGAGAGGACUUUGUUGUCCUGUAGUGAUUCUGAAUACUGUAUUUGUUGGACUGAUGCAAGCUUUUUUACUUCUUUUUUUUUUGGUACUGGGGAUUGAAUUCAGGACCUUGUGCUUUCGAGGCAGGCGCCAGAACCAGUGAGCUAAAUCCCCGGCCCUAGUUUCUUUUUUUUAAUGCAGUACUGAGGAUCGAACCCAGAGGCAUUCUACCAUUGAGCUACAUUCCUACUGCUUUUAUUUUAUUUCACUUUUAGUUUUGAGACAAGGUUUUGCUAAGUUGCUCAGGGUGGGCUCAAAUUUGCAAGCUUCCUGCCUCAGCUUCUCUAUAAAUUCUGGGACUACAGGCAUCCAGCACUGCACCAUGUUGAUUGAAGCCAUUUAAAAAACAAAACAACAAAAACCCUCUCCUAUUCCCUUUUAUUAGUGAUUUUUCUGUCCAAGAUUUUAAGUGAUAAGUGAUGUGUGUAGGACUGUAGACUGAUAGAAUUCUAAGACUGUCCUAAGAAACUUUCAAAAUCACACAACACUUAAAGGACCAGCCACUUCUUGUCAAAAAUUGGUUUGAUAAGUCUAAUCUUAUUGCUAGCUGCUUUUAGCAAGUCUUUCCUUUAGACUAUCACCUACACUUCUUAAAUAAAAAACUAAAACUUUUUGCUCAUGUGUUUCAGGAAAAUUAAUUUAUAUUUUCCUAUUAUUCUAAUGGGGUUAAAACUAUUUUCAGUUACAAAAUACUUCCUUCUGAAAAUAAUGAAUUUAGUUUCUUUACUAUAAGAUAUUAAUGAUAGUAACCAUGAUCUUGGGUGAUUAUACAAGAAAAUGAAGUAGUUCUACAGUAAUUUCACUUUCUCAUUAGAGCUCUCAUUUGAUCUUUUAGUACCUUUAUGUGUGGGAUAAAUGUACAGUACUAGAUGCCUUUUAUUCUCAGUUCUAUGUAAUAGUAGAAAAAAUGCAGUAGCUAAUAAUUAAUAUAAUUAAUAAUUUGGGAA